CUUCGAACUCCGGGGCUUCUCUCUAGAAAAUUACCACCAACAUUCUCCUCGUCACCCAAACCGCCCCUAAAUAAUCCAACAAUGUCACAACCAACCCCAGAUACCGACCAUGCAGUAUCAUCUGCGCCUGCCCCGCCAGCCUCAACAGAAGAAAUGGAUACCGCCCCCGACAAUCCAGACACCGCAGCCCUGGAUCCCGACAACACCAAGCCUCAACAACAAUCCGAACCACAACCUCAACAGCCACAAGACGACCCUCCCGCCUCCCCUCCCCUCCCACAAAAACACACGCCCGCUACGCCAGGCCCUCGCGCGACCCGCUUCAUCGAGAUGUACCACGGCGCCCUCCGCCGCACCCUCUCCCGCGUAAGCUACGACAACUUCGCGACCUGCUUCCCCACCAUCGCAACCUACGCGCCCAACGCCCUGCGCAAUGUCCAGAACCAGAUGGUCGACUAUCUCGAAGACCGGUGUAUUAAAGAAUUCGAGGCCAUCCUGGAAGAACGAGACGUCAUUCGCAAACUAAACGAACUCGAAACCCUCAACGCUGAAGCAGAGGCCCGCCGCCACGAAGCGCCAGCUGACGCCCCCGAACCCAUCCCCCCACACACCCUCCCCCCGGAAACCAUCCUCCGCGCCCACCUCCACCCGUACCUAGCCCACCACCACGCCCGCCUCAGCGCCGCCCUCGCCAACACCAAGCUCGAGAACGAGGCCCUCUUCGCCGGCAUCCAGGCCCAGCGCGCCGAAAUCGACUCGAUCCUCGCCGCCCUCGACCGCGCUGUCGCCGACGUCGACGGCGCCAACGCCCUCCUCGCCGAGGUAGGCGCCGAGAUUGCUGCCGAGUCGAGGACGGCUGAUGCCGAGAUGACGGGUGGGUGAUGUGGGGGUCUUCACCACCAAGUUCAUUUUUUUUUUUUUUUUU